AUGUACCCGGUCUUGGUUCAAGGUAAGGACAGACUGGACAGUGAGUAUUUUUUGCCACCUGCUGCCAGCCGACCGGACCGACAGAAGAAGAAAAGUAAACGAGUUGGCGAAAGGGCAGGAGGGUUCGAUGGUGGCAACACUUCGAUGCGGCGCAGAUACGCAGCACGCUGUUGGACGCUGUUGGGUCAGGCGCUGAGCGGCGACGCGGCGAACGCGACGCUGACAACGAAGGCAGCGCUGCUGCUACCUGCUGCUGGUGAGGUUGCCGGAGUGAUGCAAAACGAUGACUGUCACUCGAACUAA